CCAUUGUGAGUUGCUUGGGCGUGUUCGGGGAGCUCCUCCUAUCAUGAAGGGUUUGGGAGGAGGCAGUGCUUAGCUCUUGCAUCCUAAUCUUUCUGCUCAGCAUCUCUGCUGGCUGUCUGGAUGAUGCUUGUCUCCCAUGUUUGAACACAGGACAUAAUUAUCUGACAAACCCCCUUUUGAUGGGAUAUUUAAUUGUUUAAGGACGAGGGACUAUUUUUGGUGCACAGUCAGCAUAAUUUUACGGCUCAGCAUGUGGCCCCAUGACAUCUCCCAAAUCACAGGUAGUUACAAGUGAUCAGCCAAACUCAAGAGAUUCAUCUAACUGAAGCCUCAAGGACCUCUCAAGAUUUCUUAAGCUUUACCUGAAGUGCAAGAUCAUAAGAGCACCCAGUUAAGGAUUAUGCCCAUAUAGCACCCUGUGUUUUUGUAUCUGACAAUCUGUGUGGGUUUGAUUAACAUUGCAACCAUGGCUGACCCCUACCACAACAACAUCUACCACCAAGGAGACGGUGACAGCUAUGGGACUUACGGACAGGGACAGGACGGCUACGGUUACCAGACGGACUACCCUCCCCAGGAGGAAGACGCGGCCAGUGAUGUCACCGAAGGGCACGAUGAAGAUGAUCAAAUGUAUGAAGGGGAGUACCAGGGCAUCCCUCACCCAGAUGAGGCCAGGGCUGCGCGGAGGGCCGCAAGAGCAAAAGCCAGAACAACGGCAGACGCCAUUUCAGAACAAGAGGAGCUGGCGGAACAAUAUGAGGACAUCAUGGAGGACUGUGGACAUGGGAAGUUCCAGUGGACCCUGUUUGUGGUGCUGGGACUGGCUUUAAUGGCAGACAGCGUCGAGUGCUUUGUAGUGGCGUUGGUGUUGCCCAGUGCGGAGAAAGACAUGUGUUUGUCUCACUCUGAGAAGGGAAUGCUGGGUCUGAUAGUGUUCCUGGGAAUGAUGCUGGGAGCUUUUAUAUGGGGCGGCCUGGCUGACAAAGUGGGCAGACGAAAAUGUCUGAUUAUCGUCCUGGCCAUGAACUGCAUCUCUGCUUUCUUCUCUUCAUUCGCACAGGGAUACGGAUUCUUCCUCUUCUUCAGGCUGUUCUCGGGCAUUGGCAUCGGGGGCUCCGUCCCAAUCGUGUACUCGUACUUUUCCGAGUUCCUGCAGAUGGAUAAGAGAGGGGAACAUCUCAGCUGGCUCUGCAUGUUCUGGAUGAUGGGGGGCAUAUAUGCGUCCUUCACCGCUUGGGGAAUCAUCCCUAGAUAUGGCUGGGGUUUCAGUAUGGGCACAGAGUUUCAGUUUCACAGCUGGAGGGUGUUUGUGUUGGUCUGUGCUCUCCCAGCAAUAGCAUCUUUGAUCGGACUGAUGUUCAUGCCAGAGAGUCCCCGGUUCCUGCUGGAGAACGCCAAACAUGAUGAGGCUUGGAUGAUUCUGAAACAGGUCCAUGAUACCAACUGGAGAGCGAAAGGAGAACCAGAGAGAGUGUUUACUGUAACACAUAUCAAGACUCCAAAGACACAGGAGGACGAGUUUAUUGAGAUUCAGACUGCGACUGGAACAGCUUUUCAGAGAUGGUUUGUUCGGACUUUGACACUGACCAAAUUGGUCAUCAGAAAUGUUUUGUCCCUGUUUGGUCGGGAUCUAAGACUCGCUACUCUGCUAAUGGCUGUUAUAUGGUUCACAAUGGCAUUUAGUUAUUACGGGCUUUCUGUGUGGUUUCCUGACAUGAUAAAAUACCUACAGCAUGAGGAGUACGAAUCCAAGCUGAAAGUGUUUCAUAGAGAGAAGGUGGAGCAGUUUCAUUUCAACUUCUCCUUGGAGAAUCAGGUUCAUAAAGAAGGCGAAUACAUCAACGACAAGUUCAUCAACAUGGAGAUGAAGUCUGUGAAGUUUGAAGACUCUCUGUUUGUGGACUGCUUCUUUGAGAACAUCAGAUCCACAGAAACCUUCUUUGAAAACUGCACACUUAUCAGGACUACAUUUUACGACACGGAUUUAUACAAGGAGAAGUUUGUCGACUGUACAUUCGAGAACGUUACCUUCGAGCACACUAGGAAGGGAUGCCACCUGGACUACGGCGAGGAGAAUGAUGUUCUCAUCUACUUGGUCAGCUUUCUGGGUAGCUUGGCUGUGCUGCCUGGAAAUAUAAUCUCAGCACUUUUCAUGGACAAAAUUGGGAGAAUUAAGAUAAUAGGUGGUUCGAUGCUUAUUUCGGCUGGCUGUACCUUCUUCCUUUUCUUGAGCUUUAGUGAGGCGGCCAUCAUAGCUUGGCAAUGUUUGUUCUGUGGAGUUAGCGUAGCGGCGUGGAACGGCAUCCAGGUCAUUACUGUGGAGCUCUACCCAGCUUCAAAAAGAGCCACAGCAUUUGGAGUCCUGAAUGCCACUUGUAAACUGGCAGCCAUAUUGGGGAGCUCAAUCUUCGCCUCAUUUGUAGGCAUUACCAAAGUCAUUCCCAUUCUUCUAUCUUUCUGUGCUCUGGUUGGCGGAGGAGUGCUCGCCCUCAAACUGCCCGAAACCAGGGAGAAGAUCUUGCUGUGAAGAUUCAAAGCCAAACCAUUGGUCCAGCCAAUUACUGUAGAUAUGGCUGAUGGUGUGAAGUACUGCAAUAUUGUCCAAAUGGUGGAUCUACCGCAACCCCUUGUUAACAAUUAAUAUUAUGAAAUAUAGCUAAUAUUUGUUCAAAAUGAAAAUGGGCUUUAAAAUAUCUGCACUAGCUAUAUACUGUAGUCCCAGGAGUAUUACAGUAAAUUCCUACGCAGAUAAAAUUGUCCCAGAUUUGAGUAGCUAUGGAUUAUAUGUUGACAGAUCAUUGAAGUCUCAAUCCUGUGCCAUUUUUUGGGUCAAAAAAUUCAGGUACUGUUAAAAAUCGUAUUCUUUAUCUUGUAUUUUGCCCUUCCGCAAGCAGCUAGCUUCUCACCCUUUGCCUUUUGCUAAUAAUAACAUAAAAAUGUAUUUUUGUCCUGGUGUUUGCAAGUGUCCUGUGUCAAUAAGACUGAUUUCAAUGAUUUGGGCCAAUUGUUCCCUUAUGUAUUUGUAUGCUCAGCGCAGUAUGUGAUCUUGUGUUUGUUGGGUUGUUAUUAUUUGCUUUAUUUAUUGUAAUUGGCCAAUUUGAACAGUGCACCUUAAAAAAGAUAUAUUUUCACUCUGUGUUUCUUAGUGCUCUCUAUCGCUCUCUCUGUCCUUUCUGUUUUUUCAUUAAUCGUGCAUCCUGUGGAGUCAAGAAACCGUAAUGAGAUGUCUUGUUGACUCGGAUGGUGCUCAGUUAAACCCUGUUGCCAUCUAUUGAGCAGUUUCACAGGGCCACAUAUAUGUACUUGUUGUUGACUGAGUUGCAUGUGUGUAACGUUUGUCUUCUUCAGUGUGUUGUUGGUGAAACAUUGUCUGGAUGAUCUAAUCUGUAUGUCUCACUGCAAAUAAAACCAUCGGUAACCUGCAUUCUCACUGUAGUUUUACAUGGUUGAGGGCCGCUUUAAUAUGUGGGCAUAAUGAAUCAAACAUAACAUCAUAGUUUAUCAAUCUUGAACAGAUCUGUGCAUGUCACUGUAUCACUGCUUUGCAUUAAUAAAUUGUGUACAAUGCAUUCACCAGAAUGAAUCGAAAGUUUACGAAGUUUCUUUACGAGAUGAAUAUGGAUAUUUCCUCAAAGACCAUCGCGUUUCAACAAAAUAAGAGAAGUUAAUACUUAUGCAUAAAUAUUUUGUUAUUUAUUUGUAUUUAUUUCCACUUGCUUCAUCACUUUUAUAUUUAUUUGGAGAUAGAUUCAUUGUAUGUUUUCUGUUCUGAUGAUUUGAUUUGUUUUGUGACUGUAAAUUAUGAAUUACAAAAUUAAACAUAUUUAUGUGUUA